GCCGGCAACAUCUCCUGUAAUUAAGACCCACGAAGCCCAAAACGGUUAGCCUUUUGAGCUACCAACGGGAGCGAACAGAUUGCACCGAAUCGGAACAGCUCAAAUCCCGAACAUCCGCGGCCGUGCAAUAAAACAAGUGGCCCUGUUGUGUCUAGCAGUCUAUGAGUAAAGUUACCAGCUAUCAGGAUCAGGAUCAGGCUCCCAAGUUGAUCUCUUGCGAAAGCGAGCGGAAUCCACGAGCGGUAGCGUUACAGGAAAUAUAUCUGUGGAACCAGAAUAUCGACGAAGAUAACAACACUAGAAAAGCACCCAACAAAAUUAUAGAAAGUCACAAAAAUUGGGACAUGUGGCCAUAGUAGCCGGUCUUUAAGAUAACAGAGGGCUAUAUCCUCAGGGAAGCAGUCACCGUGCGUUUGUUCUUCUUAGUCUACACGGUUGUGUCUCAACAAACAAAGUCGAUUUGUUUGCUAUCGAGUGACCGGUGGUGGCUCAGGAGCGAUGUCCGGCUACAGGAGAAAACACCCACGACAUUCGUCCGAUUCGGAGGAACAUGAUGAUAGCAGCGACGACGACAGUGUACGUGAGCGUGGAAACCGGGGCAGCGAUAGGACAGAAAAGCGGAAAUCCCACAAAAAACACAAGAAAGGAAAGAAGGAAAGGAAAGAUAAGCACUCCCGGCGGUCCGAGGACGACGUCAGUGAAGAGGGCCAGCGAAAGGCAGUCGGUCGGUCGGACGAGGAAACUCAUCACUGGAAAUCACGAUUGUCAGCUGGUAGUGGUGACGGCUACCAUCGAAAGGGAAGGGCCUCACCGGUUCAACGGGCUCGCGAUGAACCUACCCGCCAUCGGUCCCCCAGCGGCACGAGAAGGCGCUCAAGAGACGGUCACAGGAGCAUUAGGGAUCAGCAACAACAACGCCAUCGCCAUCAGCAACCGGACAACACUACCGGAUCGUCACGAUAUGACGACAGGCGAGGAAGGCCUUCUGCCCGUAGGACGGAAUAUGAGCCCGGUGACCAUGACCAGCGAAGAGCAACUGGUCGCUCAGACGACGACAGCGAUAGUGCGAACCGAUCCGGUUUCGAGGCUCGCUACAAACGACAGCAACACCACCAUAAUCGGGUAGAAUCGCCGAAUGAUGGCAAGGGGGUAGAGCGACACCAGAGAAGGGAUCGCCCGGGUCGGUGCGAUGAAAUCAGGACAGACAAGGCUUCCCGCUCGAAUUUCGACACGGAUCGGAACGGAGCGCAAAACAAUCACCGCCUGCAUAAUCAAGGGAAAUCGCGGUUGGCAGCUGACAGCGGUGAGGGCUCCCAUCGAAGUGGUUCACCAGCUCACCGGUCUCGCGAUCGAUCUCGUAGUGCUACGAGAAAGCGACGAUCGAGGGAGGAUUCUGGCAGUGGUAGCGAAGCCGACCAGCACCGUCCGAGAGCGAUCAAAGUGGAACGACAGUCCUCGAGCCGACGCACAGGCCCUCCCAUCAGCAACCAUCAACCUUCAACGAGCGGGGCAGCAACAGGAGGCCCCAAGAAGCGGCCACCUCGUAGAACUGCGCUGAAGGUAGAAGACGAUGACAAUACGCAGUACGAGUGGGGUGCGAAGCGAGCGGUUAAGCCUGAGGUAUGCAAAGACGAACCGCCGAACGCAGAUGAUGCGCCGGCCGAUGUGGAGAAGCAGAAACCGAAUUUUGCGCUGUCUGGCAAGCUGACGGAAGAGGCCAACAAGGUAAACGGGGUUGUGAUCAACUAUGCCGAACCGCCCGGCGCCUGCAAACCGAAACGCCGGUGGCGGCUGUACCCGAUGAAGGGCGACCAGAUUAUGCCAACGCUUUACAUACACCGGCAGAGCUGCUAUCUGAUUGGUCGCGACCGAAAGGUGUGCGAUCUGCCGAUCGAUCAUCCGUCCUGCUCGAAGCAGCACGCUGUCCUACAGUACCGGUUGGUGCCGCACGAGCGCCCGGACGGUACGACCAGCCGUACCGUUCGUCCCUACAUCAUCGAUCUGGACUCCUCAAACGGGACGUUCGUUAACUACAAGAAGAUUGAACCGAAGCGCUACCUAGAGCUGUUCGAAAAGGACGUGCUAGUGUUCGGCUUUAGCUCCCGCGAAUACGUGCUCCUGGAGGAGAACAGCAAGGACGACGAUGGGCAGGGCGAAGGAUGACGCGUGUUCUACUUGGUUGGUGCCGCUGUGUGAAAUAUUCGCUGAAUUAGAAAGCACUUAACAGAUUCAUUCUUUAGGUCCUGCGGGAGUAGUCAGAAUGCGGCUUCUUGCUUUCUCUGCUCUAAUGCUGUCUCUGACCCGGUGUAAAUAAAGGUAAAUUUCAAAUGA